UCGGGUCAGCCGUUUAUCGCGUGACUCGGGUCGGAGCGGUAGGCGCAUACCCUGUCGACGUGUAGAGUAGUCGAUUUGAUACGUGAAAGUAACUGAGAAAGAUAGAGGAGGGAAUGAAAAAUUGGAGACGAUAGAAAAUCGCAAAGUUGUGGGGAAAAUUGGAUCGAUUGUGAGUGGAGUGAGGGAAGUGGAGGGUGAAAAAUAAUUCUGGAGUUCCGGGGGAAGUGCCGCGAGUGGUCUGACAGUAUUAUUCCACUCGGAUACAGCUGCAUAUCGACUCUAAAUCACUCGAUGCGUCGCGGGGAAUCGAUCGCCCCGAGAGACACGAAAAUGGUUUAUUAAACUGCUUGAAGUUGUUCGGGGGAUUGCGGGGGUUUAGGCAGUUUUUUGGGUGAAGUUUUUUGAUGUGACGGGUGAGAGAGUGCGGCGAGACGUGUCUGGGGCUAAGGGGUGGUUUAGAAUGAAGACGUUACUCGUGAUGAGCGUUAUAGCGCUCGUUGGAGGUGAACUCGUCGCCAGUGACGUGGAUGAACCGAUAUUUACGAGAAGCCAGUCAGCAGUGUCCGGUUACAAGGGGCGACUGUCCUGUGAUAUAGUGCCCCCUCAGAGGAACGACCCAGUGGUGAUGAUUCUGUGGUACCGAGAGUUCACGAGUAAGCAACCAAUUUUCAGGGUCGACGCGAGAAAGAGUGGUCUGCAUGCUGAUGCCCCGAGAUGGUCUGAUCCGAAGGCCUUCGGUGGCAGGGCGACUAUGAGGAUAGAUAAGGGAAUGGCACAGUUGGAGAUUAACCCGGUGAUGUCCACUGAUGCUGGGGUCUACAGGUGCAGGGUGGACUUCACGAACAGCCCCACAAAGAGUCAGAAAGUUAAUUUCACGGUUAUUGUACCUCCGGGCAAGCCUACGAUAUACAUCGGCCCAGAUCGAAUCUACUCAAGAACACUGCCAGUUGUGAAUGAGGGUGGCCCAUUGACCCUCGUCUGCGAAGUUACGGGAGGAUCACCACCACCGAGAGUAAUCUGGUACUUGGGCAGCAAAAUGCUGGACGAUACGUUCGAACCUGUCAACGACGAGGUAAUGUUAAAUACGCACACCAUUGCCAGGGUUUCGAGGGAAUACGCAACGACAAAAGUACUGUGUAGAGCCUCGAAUACCGAUCUGAUUGGUCCAAGCACCAGUGAGAUACUUCUCAACGUCAAUCUAAAGCCACUGGAGGUAAAUAUCACGAAUAAACAGAACCACCUAUUGGCCGUCCAGACAUACGAGAUUGAGUGCGCGACAUCGGGCUCAAAGCCCGAGGCAAUAAUCACCUGGUGGAAGGGCUCGCACCAGGUCAAGCAUAUGGCUAAAAAAUUCACGGACACUGAAAACGUGACGAGAAGUAUCCUGAGUUACGUGGCAACGAUAGAGGACGAUGGAAAAUUUUUAACCUGUCGCGCUGAGAACCCAAUUGUUCCGGACAGUGGACUGGAAGACAAAUGGAAACUCGUUGUUCACUAUGUACCAGUGGUUACCAUCAGACUCGGCUCGGGUUUACGUGCGAAUGACAUAAACGAGGGUGACGACGUGUACUUUGAGUGUGACGUUAAGGCCAACCCAGAGGCGUACAAGCUUGGAUGGUUCAAGGAUGGAAGGGAACUGCAUCAGAAUGUCAGCGCUGGUAUUAGACUUCCUGGUGAAAAAUCACUGGUUCUUCAGAGUGUCAACCGUGCAUCUGCGGGGGAGUACGCAUGCACGGCUGUCAAUGCUGAGGGAUCCUCAACGAGUCGACCUGUGACGCUGGAAGUUAUGUACGCACCAAUCUGCAAAGAGGGGGCAGCAAUUCAAGUGGUUGGGGCUCUGAAGCCGGAAACAAUAUCCCUGGUGUGCGCAGUACAAGCCAAACCUGCACCCUCGAUGUACCACUGGUCGUUUAAUAAUUCCGGGGAGUUAUCGGUUCCCGCGGAUCGCUAUGGCCCCUCCAAGUCCCACUCACGCAUUGCGAAUCAGUGGCAUGGCUCACGAGUCAACUACACGCUGAAUGACGACCGUGAAUAUGGUAUGGUGUCUUGCUGGGCGGAGAAUACGAGGGGCAAGCAGAGGACGCCCUGUCUGUUCCAGAUUAUUCAGGCUGGGAGGCCGUAUCCACUGCAGAAUUGCUCCACUGCACAGUCCACUGGCCCCUAUGGCUAUCGUGCGAACCAAGAAGAAUCAAAACCCCAGGAAUCCACCGAUGCGGAAUGGCUGAUAGUGCGUUGCUCAGAAGGCUUCGACGGUGGUCUCCCCCUCACAAGUUUCGAGCUCGAAGUUUGGAGCGAGGAAAAUGCUUACCACAUCAACACAAUCCACUUCAACCGCACCGAACGCCUCCCCGGCCACCGACAUCAGGGCCCAAUCUUCGAGGUUGUAGGCCUGGAGCCCGGUAGGAACUACAGACUCCUCGUUUUCGCAGUCAAUGCCAAGGGGAAAAGUGAGCCUGUUGUUCUGUCCUCAAUCACACUGAAGGGAGUGGCGAUGUACACAACUGGUCGAGGUUCCACGGACAAAGACACGGACUACAGUCUCCUGGUCGCGUGUUUCGCGGGCGGAAUAACAGCCAUAUGCAUCCUGGUGGUGGGUGUAACAGUGACCCUCUACCGUCGCAACAACGCGACCCGCCCCAUGAAGACCCAGAUGCACAUAGUCCACUGCGACGACAAAGACGAUCCGAGCGGUCAGCCCUCGACCCUCGAGAAAGCCCGCGACUACGCGUCCGUCAAGGAAGUCAGCAAGCCAACAGCGCGGUUCAAGGACCCCCGCGAGUCCCCGAUAAUCGAUAGUAACGAGGAGAAUCCGGACGUUAUCCCCAGCAAACUGAGCGGUAAUUACUCAGCAAAACCGGAACGUGCGAAAGAAUUUAACGAUCUCGAGGUCAGCGAUUACCCAUCACCAGCGUCUGUUCUGCAUGGCAAGGACACGUGGAUCUACCCGAAUGGCUACGUAGAGAGGCCCGACGCUACGAGCCCAAUUCGUCCGAGUACACUGCCAGUUCAUCGCACCCACGACAUCUACACGAGAAGUUUGAGGGUUCAAGAGAGUUGUAUAUAAUAAACAGAGACUAAUUUCUAUGGUAUAUUUAACACUAAGAUCGAUGAUUAAUGUGAAGACGAAUGAUUGAAACUCCUGAUAUGGUGACUCUCAUCGAAUGAUCUAUGAAGCGUCGUCUGAACUGAUGAUGCUGCUUCGAUGUUUGUACAUAGACAAUAAAAAUUUCA